AUGGCUGCUGUCUUAUUGUUCCACCUUUUAUUCGAGAAUGCGGAAGCGAAAUCAAUCGCCAUGGGAGUAACAGAGGGAGAUGCCGAAGCCGGGGAGGAAGUCAUAACUUGCAUUCAAACAAUUGCUGGCAACCUUAUUACAGGUAUAAAGCGUGGAGAUGACGAGAGGAUAUCCAUCGGUUACUUGAUGCUACUUUGUGGCUGGUUGUUUGAAGAGCCUGAUGCUGUGAAUGACUUUCUAGGCGAGGGGAGCAGCAUUCAAAGCUUGUUGCAGGAGACUAAACACAGGGGCGUUACAAAUGUGCUUGUGCCCGGACUCUCCACGAUCUUGCUGGGAAUCAUCUACGAAUUCUCCUCCAAGGACUCUCCUGUUCCUCGCAAAACACUACACAAACUCCUUCUUGAACAACUGGGAAGAGAGCAAUUCAUUGAUAGAAUUACUCGGUUAAGAGAGUCACCCUUGAUUCGAGAUUUCGAAGUCCUUCCGCAAACAAUCGGAGCAAACUACGAGGGCGGACUGCCCGAGAUCUUCUUUGACAGAGCAUUCGUCGAAUUUCUGAAAGAUAACUUUAGCCGUUUAACUCGGGCUAUCGAUCGUGAGCCUGAACUUGAAAUAUCUGUGAUCACUAACGGGGUUGAAAGAGGUGUUUCGCGCGAGUUGGUUGAUUCGCUGAAAGCCGACCUUGAAGAGAAGAAUCAAGCUGUGCAGAAGCUUGAAUCAGAACUGGUUUCUCUAAGACACAAACUCGAACAAGAGCAAGCCGAACAUCGAAAGUCGAGGGACUCGGGCGGGCUAGAGUUUACAAGACUACAGCAGAUGUACGACUCACUUCAAAAACGCCAUGAGCAAGAAUUGUUUGUGCUGGGUGAACAGAACAAGCAAGCGAGGAACGACCUGCUUAGGCAACAUGGAGAGCAGCUCCGAGCCAUCGAUGCGCAGCUGCGGGACACCUCUGCUGAAUAUGAGAGAAAGAGUCUGAAGUUCAAAGAGCGACACGAGGCCGAAGUGGCAGAUCUUCAGAAAAAGAUCCGUUCUUUAGAGUCGGAACUCGCUAGCGUCAAAGAGCAGUAUCACAACGAGGCUCGCGGUCUGACGACGAAUCUUGUAGCUUUGACGUCGGAAGCUGCCCAAGCGAAGGAAAACCAUGCCGCCGAAGUUCAGAAUCUCAACAAGACCAUCAGUGACUUGCAGUCACAGGCAGACAAGGUGGAACAGUACAUGUCCCAAGUGGAAGAGCUUACAUCGAAGAUGGAGACUCUGAGGUCAGAUGCGGACCAAGCAAGGCAACACCACACGGCUGAAGUCUCCGAUCUCAAUAAGACGAUUCAAGAGCUGCGGUCCGGUUUGAGCGCUGCUCAAGAACAGCAUAAGUCCGAGGUUGCCAAACUUGAAUCCGCCAACGAAACUGUCCACUCCGAACUCAAUACGAUAAAAGAACAGUCUACGCAGGAUAUUGAGGCUGUGAGAGAGGAUUACUCGUCAAAGUGUUCGGCUCUUGAAUCCAGAGCCGAACAAGCCGAGAAAGAGGUGGCAAGGCUUGAGGCCGAGACACGAAAGACCACUCAAGCCCUUGAGGAAGCACAAAGGGCUAUAGAGAAAGCUAAAGGAGAGGCAAAGGAGAAGGAGGAAGCCCGUCAGGCAGCACAGUCUGAGCUUGAGGAUCUCCUCAUUGUGUUUGGUGAUCUUGAGACUAAGCGGAAUGAGGACAAAAAACGCUUAAAGGACCUGGGUCAAGAAGUGUCUGAAGAUGAAGACGAGGAGGACGAGGAGGACGAGGAGGACUAG